CGAGUUGCGGCAUAACCUUCACAACAAAAACUGAGAGGUCGACGCUAUACUUUUGACUAUGGCGGAUCAUUCCUCAUCUGAGCCAUUUUCAGCUCCCACGAGUCCACGUGAUAGGCCGGAGCAGUCUGAAAGAUCUGAGAGAGGAUUAUUCUCCUCUAGUCCUGGACGUAGUGAUCUGCCUCCGUUUGAAGAUGAGUCUGAGCUUCUCGGAGAGGAGAGGGAAGAGGAGGAAGAAGAUGGAGAGGAGCUAUUCGGGGAUCGUCUUGAACAGGACUACCGUCCAAUUCCGGCACUUGAUGUGUAUGACCCGGAUGCUCUGGAUGACGAUGAGUAUGACGACCUUGCACCAGAUGUCCGGGCAGAAGUGGAGAGAAAGUUGAGAAAAAGAGACAGAGAUGAGGCUCUUGCAACUGGGCGUAUGAGAAGAGGUCUUCUUUAUGAUGAAAGUGAUGAGGAAGAAGACAGACCAAGUCGGCGGAGACGAGUUGCCGAGAGAGCUGCUGAGGGGAUAGAAGAAGAUGAGGAGAUGCUGGAGAGUAUUGAAAACUUGGAAGACAUGAAGGGACAUUCGGUGAGGGAGUGGGUGUCUAUGGCUGGGCCAAGGCUGGAAAUUUAUAACAGAUUCAAGAAUUUUCUACGUUCAUUCGUGGAUGACAAAGGUCACAACUUGUAUCGAGAAAAGAUUCGUCAAAUGUGUGAAAGUAACAAAGAGUCCCUUGUAAUUGAUUACAACAUGCUGGCUUCAGAAGAGCAGGUCUUGGCGUACUUCCUGCCCGAAGCGCCAGCUGAAAUGCUGAAGAUAUUCGAUGAGGCUGCCAAGGAGGUUGUGCUCUCCAUGUUUCCAAACUAUGAUCGUAUUGCAAAAGAGAUUCAUGUUCGAAUUGCAGAGCUCCCUCUUGUAGAGGAAUUAAGAUCACUUCGGCAACUGCAUCUGAACCAGUUGAUUCGUACCGGAGGGGUUGUGACCAGUUCUACAGGUAUCCUGCCUCAACUCAGUAUGAUCAAAUAUGAUUGUGUCAAGUGUAAUUUUAUCUUGGGUCCAUUCCAACAAAAUCAGAACCAAGAAGUCAAGCCUGGUUCCUGUCCAGAGUGUCAGUCGCCUGGUCCGUUCGAAAUAAACAUGGAACAGACGAUAUAUCAAAACUAUCAGCGUAUAACCAUACAGGAAAGUCCCGGCAAAGUAUCUGCUGGUCGAUUACCCCGAUCCAAAGAUGCCAUUUUGUUGGCAGAUCUUGUAGAUUGCUGUAAACCUGGAGAUGAAAUCGAAUUAACAGGGACUUAUCAUAACAACUAUGACGGUUCUCUCAAUACAUCAAAUGGGUUUCCAGUAUUUGCCACUGUCAUUGAAGCCAACCACAUUGUCAAGAAAGAUGACAAGAUGGCGGUUGGAACAAUGACUGACGAGGAUGUGAAAGCCAUUAUUGCACUUUCCAAAGAUGAAAGAAUUGGAGAGCGUAUUUUUGCUAGUUGCGGACCAUCCAUAUACGGGCAUGAAGACAUAAAGAGAGCUAUAGCAUUAUCCAUGUUUGGUGGAGAACCGAAAAAUCCAGGCCAAAAACAUAAAGUGCGUGGUGAUAUCAACAUCUUGAUUUGUGGUGACCCCGGUACAGCAAAGUCCCAGUUUUUGAAGUAUGUGGAGAAGACUGCCUCACGGUGCGUCUUCACAACAGGACAGGGUGCAUCUGCUGUGGGUUUGACGGCCUACGUACAGAGGAAUCCAGUAUCUAAAGAGUGGACUUUAGAAGCUGGUGCCUUGGUGUUAGCUGAUAAAGGAGUCUGUCUCAUUGACGAGUUUGACAAGAUGAAUGACUCUGAUCGUACUAGUAUACACGAAGCCAUGGAACAACAGAGCAUAUCCAUUUCAAAAGCUGGUAUUGUGACGUCAUUACAAGCCCGGUGUUCGAUAAUAGCAGCGGCCAAUCCUAUUGGAGGAAGAUACAAUCCAUCACUUACUUUCUCGGAAAAUGUUGAUCUUACAGAGCCUAUAUUAUCAAGAUUUGACAUCCUGUGUGUUGUCAGGGAUACGGUUGACCCUGUAGAGGAUGAGUUACUUGCAAGAUUUGUUGUUGACAGUCACGUUAAACAUCACCCAUCCAGUGAUCCAAGCGAUAAAGAAUUACCGACAUUGGGAGCAUUAUAUGGUGCAGAGCUGAUCCCGCAAGAUUUAUUAAAAAAAUAUUUAAUUUAUGCCAAGGACAAAGUACAUCCGAAACUGCAUCAGAUGGACCAAGACAAAAUUGCCAAAAUGUAUUCUGAUUUAAGAAGAGAAUCAAUGGCUACUGGUAGCAUUCCAAUCACUGUGAGGCACAUAGAAUCUAUGAUACGCAUGGCUGAAGCUCAUGCCAAGAUGCACUUGAGGGGUCAUGUCAAUGAAGAUGAUGUCAAUAUGGCGAUACGAGUUAUGCUUGAAAGCUUCAUAGAUACGCAGAAAUUCAGUGUUAUGCGUAGUAUGAGAAAGAACUUUUCACGUUAUUUGGGUUUCCGUCGAGACAACAAUGAGUUGCUCCUGUUUGUUCUGAAACAACUUGUACAAGAGCAUUCAAGCUUCCAUCGUACUCGACAUGGGGCUGAUCAAGAGUAUGUUGAGAUAUCUGAAAAAGAUCUUGCGGAAAAGGCAAGACAGAUCAACAUCCACAACUUGGUUGGAUUCUACGAAAGCGAAAUCUUCCGCGCCCACAAGUUCACACACGACGCCAGGAAAAAACUUAUCAUUCAAACUUUAUAGAUAAAUCUCUCAACACAAGCUAUGUGUCUAUACCCAAUUAUACAUUUAUAUAUAUAUAUAUUGUUGUUUUUCAUUCGUAAUUAUCCAUCAUUAUCUGUUUGUGUGACAGAUUUGGUGCUUACUCACAAAUACUGAAGUCAUCUUAUUAGUAAUACCUAAAUAUAUUCUGCACAUGUUUAGUUGCAAUCUCUCACCAUUGUGAUAUCGCUCUUAUGUGAAAAUGACUUGUAUCAGUCAAAGCUAUUCAAUUCAUACAACACCUAUGCACUGUUAUAUGCAUAGGUACCCCAACACUCACUGCCAAUUUUGACAUGUGAAAUUCAAAUAGAAUUUAUUUAUUCGUCAUUCAUUGUUUUCACUGUGCAUCUGUAUUAUUUUUUUAAUUAAACAAUUGAUAUGUUCUGUAGAAAAGAGUAUUUUUGUAAGUUUACAACAAAAGUGAAGGUAAUAAAUGUGAAGAUGGCUAUGUCUAAAGCCAA